CCAUAGAGUAGACAGCCUUUCUCUGUAGCACACACAGACACACAGACCAGAACAGACUGGGGGAAAGAGAGAGGGAAACAGAGGCACUGCAAAAUCCAGACGCAUCAACAGCCACCCUAGCAGCUCAAACCACCACAGCAGAUGGGGCCCGGAUUGUUUUGGAACUUCUCUUCAAAGGCUAACUGCUCGGUGCCGCAGAGCCUGCUGCAGACCAUGUUGCUCUCCAGGAUGGCUGGGAUGAAGGAGCAGCAAUUUACUGAGGAGAAACCCCUACUGCAAGAACAGAGAGGACAAGACACUGAAAUGGAGAACUGUGAGACCCUGAUGCCCAUUGGAGACUGGAAGGAACAUGACAUUGAGACUCCUUAUGGGAUGCUUCACGUGGUGAUCCGUGGUGCACCCAAAGGAAACAAGCCUGCCAUCCUCACCUACCACGAUGUUGGGCUUAACCACAAGCUGUGCUUUAACAGCUUCUUCCACAAUGAGGACAUGCAGGAGAUCACCAAGCACUUUGUGGUGUGUCAUGUGGAUGCUCCUGGACAGCAGAUUGGAGCCUCUCAGAUGCCACAGGGGUACCAGUACCCCACCAUGGACCAGCUGGCAGGCAUGCUGCCCAGCGUAGUGCAGCACUUUGGAUUCAAGAGCAUUUUGGGCAUUGGAGUUGGAGCAGGCGCCUACAUCCUGGCCAAAUUUGCUCUGAUCUUCCCUGACCUGGUGGAGGGCCUGGUGCUGCUCAACAUCGACCCCAACGGGAAGGGCUGGAUCGACUGGGCCACCGGCAAGCUGUCUGGUCUCACCAGUGCUCUUCCAGACACUGUGCUGCCCCACCUCUUUAGCCAGGAGGAGCUGAUGAACAACACAGAGCUGGUCCAGAGUUACCGUCAACAGAUCAACAACACUGUCAACCAGGUCAACCUGCAGCUCUUCUGGAACAUGUACAACAGCCGUAGGGAUCUGGAGAUGAACCGCACCGGGACCAUCAUCAAUGCCAAGACACUGAAGUGCCCCGUGAUGCUGGUUGUUGGUGACAAUGCUCCAGCUGAGGAGGGAGUGGUCGAAUGCAAUUCCAAACUUGACCCAACCAACACCACCUUCUUAAAGAUGGCUGACUCUGGUGGACUCCCUCAGCUCACACAGCCUGGAAAACUGUCCGAAGCAUUCAAGUACUUCCUCCAGGGGAUGGGCUACAUUGCGUAUGUGAAGGAUCGGAGGUUGAGUGGAGGGCCAGUGCCCUCUGCCAGUAUGACCCGUCUGGCCCGCUCCCGGACGGCCUCCCUGACCAGUGGCAGCUCCAUUGAGAGCUCUCGUAUCCGGGGUUUUACACACUCUGACAGCAAUGAGGGCCAGGUCAGCCAUACCAUGGAGGUGUCUUGCUGAACCCCCACACACACACAGACAGACAUGGGUUGGAGAUAGGGACGGAUAGAGAGCGAGAGAGGGAGGGAGAGAGGGAGAGAGAGAGAGAGAGAGAGAGUGAGAGGGAGAGAGAGAGAGAGAGAGAGAGAGAGAGAGAGAGAGAGAGAGAGAGAGAGAGAGAGAGAGAGAGAGAGAGAGUGAGAGAGAGUGAGUGAGAGAAAGUGAGUGAGUGAGUGAGAGAGAGUGAGUGAGAGUGAGAGAGUGAGUGAGAGUGAGAGAGUGAGUGAGAGUGAGAGAGUGAGAGAGUGAGAGAGUGAGAGAGAGAGAGAGAGAGAGAGAGAGAGAGAGAGAGAGAGAGAGAGAAAUAUAGGAGUAUCUACUUUUAAAUGGUUGGUGGAGGAUGUCUUCUAUCUAUCUCUCUAUGUCUUUGUUGUAGUAUUACCCCAAAUCCCUCAGUAUUUGACAACUUCUGUCACCUCCUCCCCUCAUUGUAAAAACUGACACCAACGUAUUACUAUUUCCCUUAAACUUCGUAAGCCGUUUUGCUUUUGUGUCAUUUGUGUUUUGCUCAGUGUCUUCUCCCCCCUUUGCCUUUGCCUUUGACUUUUCCCUGCUCCUCUUGCCCUAAACCUACCCUCCUCCUCCCUCCACUCAGACCAUGAGCCCCAUCUGCCCCCUGGCACCCCUCCACUCAGGCCCCUCCUACACUCAUCCGCUUGUCUGCUGACAAUCUCUGUGAGGUGAUCAAUGAUGGUAGUUAAGUGGGUUGUAUGUAGUCAGUGAAGGUAGUUGGUCAUUGGAGAAAAGACAUGCUAGCAAGAGGACAUUUUGUUGUAGUUGGUACUAUUCAUGCUAUUUGUCUUGAACAAUAAGACAGCAGAGAUUAUGGGCCUUUGUCUGGGAGGUCCCAGAUUUGACAGAAAGCAGCACACAACCUAUUAUAUUUUAGAGAGUUUUACAUCACACAGUGGAUAUGCCUCUCUACCUGAAGGCUGCAUCUGUGUCACUUUAUAGACUGCUAUAAAGUAUUCCCACUCCACAUCCCAUGCCAUGUGGUUUUCCCAUGGAUUGUCAUACAGAAGCAUACAUUUACGUGGUGUGAUUCUAUAUACCCAUAUAGCCACUAGUAGGAGCAUCCAUUCCUAUAUAGUUAGUGUGGCCACGGUCAUCUCCACCUCCCCAACAUGGAAGUGGUUCUGCUGAGGAUCGGUUCUAGGUGGUCUCCCAAAUGACAAUCACAUUUUGACCCAAACCAAACCAGACCUAGGAGCCAAGGCAGAACCCGUUACAUCUGAGAUGUUCUUCUCUCAUGUCAGCACCACAGGACGGGACUACAGCUGGCCUCUCCUUCUACAGCACUCAGCCCUACACAAAGAAUAUACCAAAGCUACACACACACACACACUUACCUAUGAGGGCUGGGCUCUGUAAGGGAACCGAGCCAAAGUAUAUCGGCACUUCUUGACACAGUAGCACAAAACACACGCGUGCCCACACAAACGUACGCAUACACGCAAACACACUGUCAAUGUGUCAUCACAAAACAAAUGAGAUUGUAUUUACCUCCAUACCCAUACAUAACUUACAUAGAGAAUCAAUAUCCUAACAUCCCACAGACCUCUUUUUCCCCAAUGAUAUUGAGCUGGAUACUGGCCGUUGUGACUGGAGAGGCUAGGUGUGUGCUGCUAGCUGCUGAGGUGGACUACCUAUUGACUCAGGCUAGUCCUUUGAGGAACUGGGGUCCCUGACAAUUUGCACAGUAAUAAUUUUCUACAUUUUAUUUGCAUUCGUUAUUUUCAGUAACAACUGCUCCCUGUCAUCUAUUUGAAUGUCAAUCUCUCUGUUUCCCCCAACAGGGGUGAAGUGGGAUAACUACUACCGCAGGGGUGCUUCCUGGGACUGUCUGUAAGGGGCAGGGCUUUUUUGGAGCCCAUUGCUCCAAGCUCGGAAUGUAGGGCAACCCCCACCCCCAACCCCCUCCAACCAAAACCAAAAGCUUCCCCGCCCCUCACAGACACAUCCAGUCACCCCAAAAGGGCUAUCAGCUGAGGUCACUUAUCUGUUCAUAGUGCUGCCUAGCAACAGUGUACCAAUGUGCAAGGGACCCCAGGGGGGCUGCAGCGAAGAUUGUAGGAAAGAGCGAGGGAUGAGGAGAGAUUCUAUCUGGAUGAAUGAGGUAUUUUCAUUUGUGAAGAUGCAGAGUGUGAGAGCGAUGGGUCUACAAAAUGUUCUGAAAGGGGGAUAAUAGAGGGGUGAUAAAACAUGUCAAAUGGGCUUCGGUGAGAGGAUAUUGGGACUAGUCAGAACAACAAACAAUCCUUUCGACUCCUCCAAUCUGUUUGCAUGCACCGGAGUGUGAUAUUCAACGUUGUUUCCAUGAAUUUUCUCUCUGUAAGACUACUGUUGCUGUCAGCUCUGUGCGGACCUGAUUUUGCCCCCUUCCUCAGUCUCAAACAUACUGCCUAGGGGGCCCUGAAUGUAAUUUGUCCCUUUGAAAUGCUGUACAGUAUAGUCAAAGUGCCCCCUUCAUUAAACCCACCGCCAUUACCCCCGAGGGCUUGUACCUGAUAUCCUUACCACCCUACACCCCAAAUCCUUCCACGUCUUCCUUGAGCUGUACAUACUCACUGUUUUUAGAACAGGUUAACUGAAAGAGCACUCCAACACUAUUGUAUUGUGACACAUUCCGCAUUUUGGUUCCUCUUUAAUUGAGUUCCUCUUUUUAUAUAACAAUAGAAUUGAGUUAUCUGUGGUAUUAUUGGUCCUCUUGUAUUAUCAUUGCUACAGUAUUAUUGGUCCUCGUGUAUUAUCAUUGCUACAGUAUUAUUGAUUGAUUUAUAUUGAGGAAAAAGUUGUUUUCUGACUGUUUGGUUUCACAGGAAUCUCCCAGCAUUGUUUCUGUUCACAGAGAUAGUAGGGUUGAAUCUUACCUGCUUCGUCAUAAAAUGUGAAAUGUAAAGUUGAAAUAUAUGUACUGUGAGUGGUCUAUGUCCAUGUAUUGAACAUGUAAUGAAAACAAAUAAAAACUGUCAGCAUAGUCA